CGGUAGUGAGGGUGAGCGAAGGAGGUGGGGGGUCCCGGUCGCCUUUUCUUUCUUCGGCCAUGGACGCCGCAACGCUGGAGCAGGACGCGGUGAAGUUUGCGCAGCUGGCGGUUCAGCGGGACCAGGGGGGCCGCUACCAAGAAGCGGCGUUUUAUUAUAAGGAAGCUGCACAAGCUUUGAUUUAUGCUGCAAUGGCAGGAUCAACCUUGGACAAUAUUCCAGGGAAAAUAAGUGAAUAUUUGGAAAGAGUUCAAGCCCUGUACUCAGCGGUUCAGUCGCAGAAAGUUGACCCCUUGAAGUCAAAGCAGCAGCUGGACUUGGAGCGUGCCCACUUCCUGGUUACCCAGGCUUUUGACGAAGAUGAGAAGGGCAAUGGAGAGGAAGCCAUCGAGCUGUACACAGAAGCGGUGGAACUCUGUUUGAAAACAGCGAAUGAAACUUCAGAAACAGUUCUCCAAACAAAACUGAAGCAGCUGGCUCGGCAGGCUUUGGACAGAGCGGAGGCACUGAAGGACGGUAAGCCAUCUCAGAAAGACAAAUCGGCAACAGGGAAACCCAGUCAGCCCGUGAGGACUUACUUCCCUUUGGGACCUGACUUUUCGUUGAAUGAUAAGCCACAGACAGUCAGGCCUGUGCAUGCCAGUGAAUCUCAAGGUCAGCGAUACACCACAGAGGAGAUUGAGGUGCUCAGGAAGACAUCAAAGAUAAAUGGCAUUGAGUAUGUCCCUUUCAUGAGCGUUGACCUGAGAGAGCGUUUUGCUUUUCCAGUCCCUUUCUCAGAUAAAUGUGGUAAGUUGCCAUUGUCUCCCAAGCAAAAAGCAAUGUUUUCUCGAUGGGUGCGUCCAGAUGACAUAAGCAACAAUCCCAUCAUGAUCUAUACUGUGUCAAGCUUCAGCAUAAAACAGACAAUCGUGUCAGACUGUUCCUUUGUAGCCUCACUUGCUAUUAGUGCUGCAUAUGAAAGACGAUACAACAAGAAGUUGAUUACCAGCAUUAUUUACCCACAGAACAAAAAAGGAGAGCCAGAAUAUAAUCCAUGUGGCAAAUACAUGGUCAAGCUGCACAUCAAUGGUGUCCCCAGGAAGGUGAUAAUUGAUGACCUGUUACCAGUAGAUCACAGUGGAGAACUUCUCUGCUCUUAUUCAAACAACAAAAAUGAACUCUGGGUAUCAUUGAUAGAAAAAGCUUACAUGAAAGUAAUGGGAGGCUAUGAUUUUCCAGGAUCAAAUUCUAAUAUUGAUCUCCAUGCAUUGACUGGCUGGAUACCCGAAAGGAUUGCUAUGCACUCGGACAAUCAAUCUUUUAACAAAGACAAUUCCUUCAGAAUGCUUUACCAGAGGUUUCACAAAGGGGAUGUGCUCAUUACAACAGCCACAGGAAUGAUGACUGAAGAGGAAGGAGAAAGAUGGGGUUUGGUGCCAACCCAUGCCUAUGCUGUUUUGGAUAUCAGAGAAUACAAGGCGCUUCGAUUCCUCCAGUUGAAAAAUCCCUGGAGUCACCUACGCUGGAAAGGAAGAUAUAGUGAAAAUGAUGUGAAGAACUGGACCCCUGACCUCCAGAAAUACUUAAAUUUUGAUCCCCGAACAGCUCAGAAAAUAGACAAUGGGAUUUUCUGGAUCGCCUGGGAAGAUCUGUGCAAGUAUUAUGAUGUUAUUUACUUGAGCUGGAAUCCAGCUCUCUUUAAAGAAUCAACAUGUAUUCACAGUACCUGGGAUGCAAAGCAGGGUCCUGUAAAAGACGUAUACAGCCUAGCUAACAACCCACAAUACAAACUGGAGGUCCAGUGUCCACAAGGUGGCGCUGCAGUGUGGGUUCUGCUCAGUAGACACAUUACUGACAAGGAUGACUUUGCACGCAACCGAGAAUUCAUCACGAUGGUCGUAUACAAAACCGAUGGGAAAAAGGUUUACUACCCUGCUGAUCCUCCUCCAUAUAUUGAUGGGAUUCGAAUCAACAGUCCCCACUAUCUCACCAAGAUCACACUGACUUCUGCGGGUACCCAUACGUUUACCACGGUGGUUUCUCAGUAUGAGAAACAGAACACGAUUCACUAUACCCUCAGGGUUUAUUCAGCAUGCAAGUUUAACUUUUCUAAGAUCCCAACACCAUAUACCACAUCCAAACGGAUGAAUGGACAGUGGAAAGGUCGCAGUGCAGGUGGAUGUGGGAAUUUUAGAGACACCGCCAAGAACAACCCUAUUUACCAGUUCCAGCUGGACAGGACUGGGCCACUCCUAAUUGAGCUAAGAGGACCAAGGCAGUACAGUGUUGGACUCGAACUUGUGGCAGUCUCUACAAUGGGAGACCCAGGUCCUUCUGGUUUUCAGAAGAAGAAUAGUGGCGAUUACAGGUGUGGAUUUUGCUAUCUGGAAGUUGAGAAUGUACCUGCUGGGGUUUACAAUAUUAUUCCAAGCACUUUCCUCCCUCAGCAGGAAGGACCUUUCUUCUUGGACUUUAAUAGUGUUAUUCCUCUUAAGAUAUCACAGCUACAAUGAGGUAGCCUGGCUCUAUUUUCUUUUUUGCACAACAUGGCGCUGACAACUGCACUGUUUCACUGGCGAGCAAUCAAAGAACCUACGGAAGAAGUUUCUGAGGACGGAAUCACACUCCAGAGUUGGAGUCCCAAGAUGCUGCGUUGAGAGUCCCUAGCAGUCUCUUGGAGCAGAAUGGAAACGGGGGCUCCUCCUCGUUUCGCCCAUGCUAAUUCUUGAACUGUGGCAAACCUUACAGCAACUAAAGGAACGUGCUUGAAUUAGUCUUGUUCACGUAAAUGUCCUUGUUUUUGCAUGACGCUUGUAAGAAUUUGGCACCUUAUAUCUUUUUAUCAGGGUUUGGUUUUAAAAUGUGUCUGCCUCUUUCUCUUCUACCAAAUCAACUCCUAAACCUUGUUUUUUCAAGUAAUAUGGUAAAAAAAAAGGCUCCAGUCAUAUCUGUCUUCAACUGUAAUAAUGAGAACUGGUGAGACUACUUCAUUUGGCCUCCUGCACAGGUGCCAAUAGCCAAGGCCAUCUCUUUUUAAAUGUAGGAUUGUGUUACGCUGCUUGCUGGUCAGUAGAUGAAUGCAUAAACCUUUUAGCACAAGGGGCCAAAGAGCUGCAUCAACAGAGAAUUGUGUGUAGACCGGAACUAAUCUUAUACUUUGGAUUUGACCUGUGACACUUGCCAAAAUGUUGGCCAUCAGUAGCAUAAGUCCUUUGGCUCCAAUCCACGAAUGCAACUAUUACCUCCAUCUCCCAAGCUGUACUGUAUAAGCUCUGCCUGUGCUGUAAAAUCUGUGCUCUAAUACAUGCCUUAUGAGCAUAGUUAAAUGGCACAAUUUCACAGGAUUCAGGAAUGCAGUUCGUAUUAUGGCUAUGUCAGCACUAGUAAGUAGCAUCUCAAGUAGCCCACUGUCUGUUCGCAGCUCUUUUGAAGAAAGGUGUGCUUUCUACUAAACCAGCGAUCUUCAUUUUUGUAGGGCGCAUAAUUGUGUUCUAUCCACAAGGAAAGGUAGAUCCAUAUUGCCCUUGUCAUGAUUAAUUUGUGGGGGUGUUGAUGGGAUCGAAGAGCACUGGCAUAGAGCCUAAUUUGUGCUUUACAUUUAUGACUAACCAUGUUGGCGAACAACGUGGGUGAGGUGAAGUCUCCUGUGUGCGUUGUGAUUCCUCCCUUCUAUCAUGUAGUUAUCACUUUGUAUUUAUGUAUGAAUGCAUACUCCACUACUGUUACUAAUUUUGCAAAAGAGAUUUGGGGCCAAUUUGCACCAUCAGGCGAUCUAGUGGGGUUUAUUUAAAUCAGGGUGGCUUGCGGUGUGAGCCGAUUGCCGUUUCGAAUAUUCAGUCUUCAGCUGUUUGCUAUGUCGUCUGAACCCAGGCAGUAUGGCUUGUUGGAGGAGAAAAUAACCCUCCAGUAACCCAUGGCCUGUUACAAGGUUAUGGAAGGGCUGUUUUCCUCUCCAACAAGUCAUGGCUGCCUGGGUUUGGGUGAUGAAAACCAGGACUGGGAGCUUGAAUAGACAACCUGAUGCCUGCAUGGUGGGCUGCAGUGAUCAUGAGAAGCAGGUCUCUGUAUUACAUUAGCCCCACGAAAUGCCAGUACGUAUAGAAGCUAGAGCCAGUUGUAGUUACAUUUUAAAAAAAUCUGCCACAAAUUUUAGCCCAUAGUUUUUUCAAUUUUUAGGUUAGGAAACAGGCUCUAAAAUAAAUUAGGUAGCUUUCUUUUAAAAAGUCAUUUGAGAGGGAAGGUUAAAAAUACAUAUUCUCGUAUCUACCUUGCUUAUCAUUAUUAUUAUUAUUAUUUAUUUAUAUAGCACCAUCAAUGUACAUGGUGCUGUACAGAGUAAAACAGUAAAUAGCAAGACCCUGCCGCAUAGGCUUACAAUCUAAUAAAUCUAAUACAAUCUAAUAAAUCACAAAUCAGAAAGCUAUUUUCCCUUUAAAAAAAAUCGAGUCCCUGUUUCAAAUUUGGGGAUCUUUCCUACCACAAAUAUGUAUCCUCCCUCUGACCUGAGAUUACAUCAGGCUUGUAUAUGUGUAUAUUUUGUUGGAAGUCUGGGACUUGAGAGAGGGUUCAGAGCAUCCUUUGUUAGGUGAUGUGUUGCCACGGGAAUUGUUAGCCAAAACUGAAAUUGAUGAAUAGUUCAACAAUUAGUUCCCAUAGCAACAUAUCACCUGUAGAUCUCUCCUGUCCAAGCCCCAAUGUACACAUAUACAAAUUCGAUGCACACGCACACUGCAGUUUUAGAAUUGGAGGCAGAUAAUCAGCUGUCUAUUACUGUAGUUGAUCUAUCAAAUGUCUUAAAAACCCCAAACUCAAGUGUUUCUCUGAAAUGAAUACGACUUUUUUCUAAAUGAUGGACUGUUUUUAGAGUUCUGUAUGUGAAAAAUCAUUAUUUUCUGUCCUUCCUAACUGGAGAAAAAUGAAAGCUGUAUUCUACACGUCGACUCCUCCAGAAUAUUUCACUAGUUUGUUUCAGACAACUCUGAAUUCAUAUUAUGCCUGUAUUUAAAAGACAUGAAGUGUUGCUUUUGAUCCUAUGAAGAAAAUAGGUGCACAUGCUCAACAUUGUUACAGAAACAUUACCAAGCAACUCAACAGAGAAAACAUUGCUUUGGGGAUAAUCUCAAAUGAUAGCUGCCUUUGAAAAGAAAAUUAAAAUCAGGUGCCUUGUAAUUGCUGUUCUUCAGAUGGGCCAUCUGGGCUAGGGGGAAUUGAAUCAUGCUGUGUACUUUGCCAGUCACUUGCAGCUUAUCUGCUUUUGCAAGGUAAUUAGUGAGAUGAAAGUUAUUUGCAGUCAAGGCUUCAGCUGUAAGUCAGUAAUAAAAGACUGAAAGAAGCA